AUGGCUCAAAAUAAGAAAAUUUUGAAAGAUGAACAUUUAAUUACGGUCCUUUUGUGUGCCCUUGCAAUACCCUUAUCGAUGUCUAUGUGGAUCAUCAACUUAAUUUAUUCAAAAUUCAUAACAACAAACGAAGGUUUUGAUGAACCAGUAGUGAUAUCUCCUGGAAGAUGGCUAGCUUCGUGUCUGAUACCACUCAUUAUUGCUGUGCAUGGAUACAGAAAGAAAAGUGUAUCUCUAAAUGGGGCUGUCCUUGGAUGUGCAUUAGCUUUUAUUUUAACACUCAGCAACUACUCAUUCCUGGCCUGCCUUAUAACAUUCUUCAUAUCAUCAUCAAAAGCCACAAAAGUUCGACCACAUAUAAAAAGGAAGAUAGAGGAAGACUUCAAAGAAGGUGGGCAAAGAAAUUGGGUACAAGUUCUCUGUAAUGGAGGAAUGGCUGCACAACUCGGUCUUUUGUAUCUAUUGGAUGUUGGAGCAUCUGAACGGCCAAUUGACUUUGUCGGUGAUUACAGAGCUUCUUGGCUAUCCAUCGGAAUGCUAGGUGUAUUUGCAUGCUGCAAUGGUGACACUUGGGCAUCAGAAUUAGGAACAGUUUUUUCGGACUCUGACCCAUACUUAGUCACUACUUUUAAAAGAGUUCCUAAGGGUACAAAUGGAGGUAUUAGUGUGAUUGGUACAGUGUUCAGUACAUUGGGAGGUCUAGCUAUCGGCAUAUCACAAUAUUUAACAAUUUAUUACUUUUCUGAAAAAUCUCUAUGGACCUAUGCACCUCCUCAGUGGCCUAUUAUUUUCUUUGGCGCCCUUGGAGGAUUUCUUGGAAGCUUCAUAGAUUCUGUAAUGGGAGCAACAUUGCAAUACUCAGGAUUGGAUAAAGAUGGCAAGAUUGUGUCGCACUCUAGUCUCACAGUAAAACAUAUCAGUGGAAGAAAUAUUCUAGACAAUCACAGUGUAAAUCUCAUAUCAACUGUUAUAAUGGGGUUACUAUUACCCACAGUGUGCAAAAGUUUAUGGCCUCUUUUCUAA